GAGGCAUUUUCUCGUGAAAGAAAACGCACUCCCGACUCCCGAGUGAUCCCGAGUCCCGACGGCCGACGCGCGCUUAAGGGCUUACGGCUAAUCCGGCGGCUACGAAAGGAAACAUCUACCCCGUUCAACCGUUCCAUUUCUUCUCCCGUUCCGUUCACCCCCCCCGCGAGCUCUAUCUUUCGUGGCGCAGCUCGGCAGCUGGGCGGCCGCCCCCCGCCGGCGCCACGCCCUAAGCUACGCCAGGUUCCCAGUUCUUCGUCCGUCCUUUUGCUAGGUCUUCGUUGGACACUUAAACGGCGACGAGCACCGCCAGACGCGCUGGUGCCUGGAUCCGGCGGGAGUGCUUCAGGUUUUGACGGUUCGUCUCUCUCGUUGUUUCCGGCGGGGUUAUGAAGGCGGUGGGAUACAGCCCCUACGACAGCAGCGGUGAGUUUGCCCGAAUUGACCAAUUUUAAGCCUGAUAUUUUUUUAUUGGGUCAAUCAAAAUUAGAUAGCUAGUCCAUUUGGUUGCCAUGGAGUGGUAUGUAUACAAUUAAUCCUUUUUUCUUAAUUAGGGAUCCCCGUUUUGUUGGGUGAAUAUGUAUUUCGGCCUGACUGUAUGAUGCCUUGUUUCUUGAGAUUGAUAUCUGUUGCCACUAAGCAAUGUAAACGUUCAACAGAUUUUUUUGUUGUUGUGGCGUUAUAAAGAUAGCCCAAUGGAUAACUGCUGAAACUUUUGAUUUCUACUCCUGACGCCCAGGAUUAAGUCCUGGGUGGCUAGACAUUAGAUAUAAGAAUCCAAUCCCGAGAUAAAGGUGGAAACAGAGAGUAUCACAACUGUAUAAACAAAAAGUUUGAGAGUAAGCAUUAUAUAAUCUCCUUUUUUUGUUAAAGAAUAGAUAACCCAUUUUCUCUUUACCACACGGACCCAUUAGGAUGUGUUUUCUUUAUUUUGACACCUAAAAAAGUGCAAACUACCAAUCCUAUUUUUUUGCAUAUUCUUUUAAAAUAUAUAGGGACUUGUUUUUAGGGGUUUCAGAGAUGUAAUACAGAGUAUUGGCUAUGGAAAACUGUAUACCAGUGCUGUAGUAGUUUUACUUGUUAGGAAUGAUUUUUUACUUUACAGUUUACACUCACGGUACCUGGCUUUGGAUUCAUGGUACCAUGUCACUCACCUUUCCUGACUAGUGACUAGUUCCGGGUUUCUGGCCCACUAGAUACCAAAUUGUAAAUUCGAAUUACAAGCGUAGUCGGUGUUAUAGUCAUAGGAUUACAUAAUCCAACAUGCAUACCUUAUGGUUUGCUGUCGAGUUGUGCAUUUCAUAUACUACAGUAUUGGUUCCUCUCCCUUUAUUGUAGGGACUGAUGACGAUCUCCCUCCAGCACAAAAUAGAGGACUAAGAGGGCGAUCUUUCAGUGGGAAUGUCGUAGCAUCUGCUGGGGCAUUUCCUUACAUGAGGGCAAAUAAUGAUCUGGAGAGUGAAAUACAUCGGGUUGAGCAAGAUGCAUAUACUGGUAUUCUUAGGGCAUUUAAAGUGCAAUCUGAUGCAAUAUCCUGGGAAAAGGAGAGCUUGAUUACUGAACUCAGGAAAGAACUGAGGGUUUCUGAUGAGGAGCAUAGGGAGCUAUUAAAUAAAGUCAAUGAAGAUGGGACCAUCCGUCGAAUGAGGGAGUUAAGACAGGCAGGUGGAUCCCCAAGUGGUUUGCAUCAUGGCAACAUGGUUUUAUAUGGUGCAGAACCUGGGUCCACUACCAAGAGGCAAAGGGCAUCUCAUUCGAUUCCUUUGCAAUCAGCAGGCCUCCAGUCCCCUAUGAUGCCCUCCCACUCAGUUUCAUCUGCAAAAUGGGGUCCUUUGCAAGCAAGAGGCACGAAAGCGAGGACGCCCAUUCCUUUGGCGUUACCAUCUGUGGAUCCAAGUUCACUAAUAAACCAUAAAGUUUAUACAAGGUGGCCAGAAGACAACAACUUCUAUGAGGCCACCAUAACACGAUAUAACCCUGUGACGGGUGAGCAUGGACUUGUCUAUGACAUGGGCACACAAGCCGAGAGUUGGGAAUCAGUUAGACUUUGUGAUAUGGCACCUGAAGAUAUAAGAUGGGGAUUUGAUGGACACCUUUCAAAUCGUGAUGUCUGGAGCCCUUCUGGCCCUAUGUUGAUGAGGCACAUGACCAACAAUGGUGCUAUGGCAGGUUCAAUCAAGGGAAGAGGGAGGUUAUCAAUAAAUGAGACUAUAAAGGACUAUGCUCCACCUGAAAAUGGCACCAAUAGGAAUUUUGAUCAUGUCGACAUACCAAAUACCGGAAGUGUUGUUAUGGAGGUGAAGAGGGUAUUGUUCAACCCAAAUAUGCCUGAAAUCGAGAAGGCAAGGAAACUUUUGAAAGAUCAGGAGCAGUCAUUACUUGAUGCAAUUGCCAGACUUGAUGAAGCAUCUGAUAGCGAUAAUGAAGAUAUGGCCAUGGAAGGCCGAAUGGGUUCUGCUGGGGAAAGGAAUGGCAUCACUACGUAGUUGCUUCUGGCAUGUUGGAAUUUUGGUAGAUUAACAUGCAUUUGUGUAGCACCUACCUCGACCGCAGAACAAGGAAACCACAUUAUGGCAAAACUGCAUGCCAGAAAAUGGUGUCCUGGAAACGGUUGACGCCUGAAAUGGGAUUUUUUGGCUACACAAAAUUGAGCGCACGAGCGGCAGAGAUGCAAAUGUUAAAGAACUGUUUAAGCGCCAUUGCAUGGUGUUUCCUAUGUAGCAAACUAGAGGCAACUAAAUGUUCUAGUUGAUCAUUAGCAUGGAGCACUUAGCAUUCCUGAUUCAGUACAGGUAGAUGUCUAACACUCCAGCAUAAUAUCCAACUUGGCUGUUCUUGUACUCUAAUGUGAAAAAGGAUUGUUGUGCACGCUUUUCAUGUAA